AUGGCGCUGCGUAAAGGCGAUCUAAAGCAGGGAGCCUCUCAUAGAUGGGCUGAAGCAGAGUCUUUCAUUGACGAGCUGAAACAACGAGCUUUAUUGAAAAAGAAAACAACAACAAAAAAGAGAAUGGAAAUUCCAAUACAUGUUGCGGUGCGCAUUUGUCCCAAGGGAUUGUUGCAACUACCACAACAGAAAGUAGUCGAAGAAGAGGAAGGAAAAGUGAUUGAAAACAAAAUACAAAUAAAAGAAGAAGAACGAUGUGAUGAAGUGGAAAAUUUGAAAAGCGAAAAUAAUACACAAGAGAUAAAGAAGAAAGAAUUCAGUGAAGAGGAUAACCAAAAAUGUUGUGUGCGUGCUGUGCCAUUUAUAAACGGCGGCCUACCCGGCCUGCCAGCACCAGGAUGCCGAGAACCACCCGAUGUUGUACAAGUGGGACCCCACUCAUUCCCUGUGACCCAUGCCCUACCCUUAGAUUGUUCACAAUUGCAAGUUUAUCAAAAAACUGUCCUGCCCAUGAUGACUCUCUUCAUGGAGGGCUUUGAUGCCUCUGUGGUCACAUAUGGUCAGAGGGGGUGUGGUAAAACCUAUACCCUUUACGGUCAAGGUCCUACGCAAAAUGAAAACCAAGGUCUGGUGGCAUUUUGUGUGCGCGAAAUCUUCAAUCACAUUCACCGGCAUCCGGAAAGGACUUGUAUCGUCAACAUCACCUGGGUGGAAAUAUGUCGAGAAAUUAUACGCGACAUAUUCGGGGUGGGUAGUGUCCAGUGUAUGAAUUUAACAGAUGCCUUUCAUUGGCUUCAAGUGGGCUAUAAACUACUCACUUCGACGAAAUCGCAAAUGGGCCACUCGCUUUUUAGUAUCACUCUGGAACAACGUUGGAUCUCCAAAGAGGGUCUAAUACAACAUCGCCUAUCCACGGCCAGUUUUACAGAUCUCUGUGCCACUGAUCGCCAAAUGUUAAAAAUCGCAAAUGAUCAAACUGCAUUGGUGCCACUGGACAAAGGUUUACAGGCUUUGGAAUGUGUAAUUGGGAGCCUCAUUGAUCCUGCUUUGGUCCACAAGGGUUAUGACUGCAUACCCUAUAAUCGCAGCAUGUUAACCACCAUGUUGAAGGAUUCAUUUGGUGGCCGUGCCCAAACAUUGGUGUUGGUAUGCAUUUCCCCUUGGGAGAGGGAUGUGGCUGAAACAAUGGCGAAUAUGCAAUUUGCCUUUAAGGUCCAGUGUGUCCAUAAUUUUGUCGUCAUCAAUUCGUUUUCUGAUGAUAACACCCCAGCAAUACCAGAGGGGGACGAAGAUGAGGAUGAUGAAGAGGGUGGUGCUUCGCUUAAGAAGUCGCAGGAUCCAUUUGCCUUACAAUUUGCUGCGAAUCAAUGGUCCAAAUUGGUUUCCAAUGCCGAGGAUUUACUGUCAAAAUUAAUAAAUUCCAAUGCCAUUGGCGAAGAUGAGAAGCAGCAAAUUGAAUCGUGGCUAAUACAGAAGCAGGAAUGUGAUGAUUGUCUCAAUUCAAAUGAUUCCUCACAAACCGAUACCAUUCUCGAUCCCAUACAAGAAGAAGAAGGGGAAAUGGAAGCACCAAGUCCCCCAGAAAAUGAAAAAGAAGCAGAAGAUAGUGCCAACGAACUCAGUGAUCCUGAUGUUACAGAUCCGGAACUCUCAUUACCGGCAAAUUCGGAAAAUGAAUCCGACGCGGAAUCGCAACAACCGGACGCUAAAAGUAAAUUGGAACUGUUGAUGCAAAAAUUCGAAAAGAAAACCGAUGAAAUGGCAAUGCGGAAAUACAGUGAUUUUAUGAAAAUUCACCCAAAGGCAGUGACAGAAUCUCAGGAGAGUGGAGCAUUUCGUAAGUUCGCAAAUGGCGAUGAUGAGGAGAGGAGGCCUUCGUUGGCGUGCUCAGAGCGUGGCCGUCGUAGAUCUAUACAACCAGGGUCGGCUUUAUCAAGUGUGGAAUUGGCGAUGCUGCAACAAUUGGCCACAAGGGAACAAUUGGAUAAUGGCAAGGGCAACAAAGAGAGUGGUGGUGGUGCUGGUGUUCAGAGCAAAGACCUGCCCUGGGAGGGGAAGGUGAAUUCCGGUCGAGAAGCGGUGGAAAAGAAAAUACGCAAACUGGAUGCCAAUAUUGAGGGCCGUAUGAAACAGAUCCAGGAACUGGAGAAGACAAUACAGCUGAAGCAGAACAUUAUUAUGGAUCUGGUGGAGACGAGUGAUACCAGAACCACAGCUAAGCAGAGGUUCAACAAGAAACGCCAUAAGCUGCAGGAGGAGUAUGACAAAUCGAAGAAGUCUUUGAGUAAAGCUUUGCAGCAGAGGAAAGAUAAACGUGAGGUAGAACGUCUAAAGGCCGAUGUGGCCCAUUUGGAGCAGAGGCUGAAUGAUGUGACCUCGAUAAAACACAUUGCCGGAGAUAGUGUACAAAAGGUUAAGAAACUGCAGCAGUCCCUAAAGGAGUCUCAGACUUUGCUGGAAAAUCUCAAAAAGAAGGUGGAAAAGGAAAAGAAAAAGAAGGAAAAUCUAGAGCAGGGAUUAAAGGAUUUACCCAAAGAGGAAGAGCUUCCAAAGAAAGUCACAAAAGUUAUGGUGCACUCCGCACCUACAGAAGAACCUCCUGAAAUGCAGGAGAUUCAAUCCCGCAUCGAUCAUUUGGAUCAUAUCCUAAAGGAAAAAUCCAAAAAUCUGCAACAACCUCAGCAAGAAGAAAAUGGCGCUCAACAUGAGGGUCUGAGGCAUGAAAUACGAAAUCUGCGUAAGACACGUGAUCAUCUCCUGGAUCAGAGAUGCUUUUUGGAUCAGAAAUUUAAACGUGACAAGGCUCUAAGUCAAAAGGAGGAACGUAAGCUUUUGGAAUGCGAUGAAGCCAUUGAGGCCAUCGAUGCUGCCAUUGAAUUUAAAAAUGAAUUGAUCUGUGGCAACAAGUCCAUCGAUACCGAUGAACGUUUGCAGCGGGAGAAGGGAGAACAGAUGCUAAUGGCCCGGCUUAAUAAGCUUAGUAAUGAAGAGAUGCGUACCCUGCUCUAUAAAUAUUUCAAUAAAGUUAUCGAUCUGAGGGAUUCAUCGCGGAAGUUGGAAAUGCAGCUGAUGCAGUUGGAACGAGAGAAAGAUGCCUGGGAAUGGAAAGAGCGUGUUCUCUCCAAUGCCAUACGCCAAGCUCACUUGGAGGGUGAAAGGAAAGCCAUCCUAAUGCAAAGGCAACAUGAAAUGAAAUUAACGCUCAUGUUACGGCACAUGGCCGAGGAAUCUUCCAUGAGUUCGGCAUCAUUUUCCGAUCAAUCACUCUCCUCGCUCUCCAGCAUUCACAAACCCUCCUCCAUGGCUUUGGUGCCGACAACAAUGUCCAUCACCAGUUCGGGAAAUACAGAUUCUGAUUAUCAAUGGCCACAUCAAAUGAAUCAAAAACUAAACAAACUACCAAGAUAUAAAGAAGAUCCCCUACGCCUAUGUCCCGCACCAAAGGAUCAUCCUCUGCCCCUGUACAAACAACCUUUGGAUGCCUUUAAGGGGAAAACCGUAAAAGUGGCAGCUGCUGCCUCUUUAAUCACCAACAAUUACACAGAACCAAAUCUCAAUUGGCCCAUGCCUCCUAGGCCACCAAAAUCCAAUGAUAUGGAAUUGUGCCCCUUACCCAAUCGCACCGUCACUAAAUAUCAAAAAUCCGAUGAACAAAACAUGAAAAUCAAAGAGAAGGAAAGUAAAAAUAAAUUAUUUGCUAAAUUUCAAGUUCUGACACGCUAUGCCACAAGUAGUCAAAGGCAUGAAGAUUCCGCCACCUCGAACUCUUCGAAUUCAAGUGGUAAAUCAAAUAAAGAAGUGGCGUUACUGGCGUCCCCUGAGAAACAUAAAAAGUCAUCGAAGAAGGGACAGAAGACGAAGAUCUUUUGUGCCCUGAAUCCACGAGCCGCAAAUACCCGCGUUCAGUGUCUAACCUCGCGUUGUGAUUUCGUUUUAAAAUUUUCCGUUAUUUUGAUUGCAUUUCUCGUGUGUGAGAAAUAA